AACGCUAGUUGGAAUGUCUCGUCAUCUCGUCGGGAACAACAGACAUAAAUUCGACCCCAAGAAGGUGGUGGCUGUUCAGUUUUGGCCUGUCCCACAAGACGUGGGCCAGGUCAGGUCCUUCCUAGGCCUCGCCAAUUAUUUCCGCCAGUUCUUGGAAAAUUACUUGACUGACGUUGCCCCUGUGACAGCACUCACUCGAAAGGGUAGUGCAUGGGAGUGGACUCGACAAUGUCAAGAGGCAUUUGACGAAGUCAAAACGAAGCUGACCAAGGCUCCGGUUUUUAUAUUGCCAGAUCCUUCUAAACCCUAUGAGGUGGUCACAGACGCCUCGACUGUAGGGAUUGGGGCGGUUCUCUUGCAGGAGGGCCGUCGAGUGGCAUUUGAGAGUAGGAAGUUCUCCACGGCACAGCAGCGCUAUACGACGCCAGAACAAGAGUUGCUGGUGGUCGUGCAUGCGCUGCGAACAUGGCGAUGUUAUUUGGAAGGUGUGGAGUUUGUGGUCACGAUACACCACUGUCUGAACACCUAUUUAUCUACUCAAGCCACACUCACUCGGCGCCAAGCCCGCUGGGCAGAACUCCUUAGUGGGUUCACAUUUGAUAUUCGAUACUCUGCAGGUUCUACGAACAUGGCUGACCCCUUCAUCUGACAACAAAAAGCCCGGUGGUUU